AGGCUCUUCUAAUCCAAUCCAAGCCGUCAAUUCCCAGAGAAGCCCAUUUUUAAAUCCGUGAAACCCAGGCUUCUGAACUUCAGCAAAGAGAGAGAAAGUUGCAGAGAGAGAAGCCCAAACUUUAAACACAGAGAGAGAGAGUUUUGAGCUUUUUCACCGACCAUUAAAAUGGGUCUUGAUCAGGCUUCAAAUUUAGCCUCUCUGUUUCUUUUCAUUGCUCCAUUUGCCUUUACAUUUGCCCCCAAUGUUAUGGCAUUACAAGUAGACCUUCAAACCUCUGGUCUGUCUGCAACUUUGUCAAGGAGGGAAUGUAGCAGCGUGUGCGAAUCUGAUUACUGUUCAGUUCCUCCACUGCUGAGGUAUGGAAAAUAUUGUGGGCUCGGUUACAGCGGAUGCCCAGGCGAGGGUCCGUGCGAUGGCCUUGAUGCUUGCUGCCAAACUCAUGAUAAUUGCGUGCAAGCCAAAAACGACUACCUGAGCCAAGAGUGUAACCAAGAGUUUCUUGACUGCAUUUCUGAGUUCAGAGCAUCAGGGCGUCCUUCGUUUGAGGGAAAUAAGUGUGACGUUCAGGAGGUGAUUGAUGUAAUUUAUGUGGUUAUUGAGGCAGCCUUAUUAGCUGGUAGGGCUCUUCACAAGCCCUAAUUUCAAAUUCCUAGGAUCUCUCUUUUGAAUGAAAUUAACGUAAACGGCGAUGAUGAAGAUUGUUUAAUUGUGAAAAUUAUAAAAAAAAAAAAGGAAGAAGAACAUGGUUUACUUGUGUGACAAACUCUUUCAUUGAUCGUUAGGCUCUGGAGUCCAGUUUAUUUUAUGGUUGAUUAUUAUAAUUUGUGCUUACUUAAUGGAGGAUGGGGAUCUUGAUCUGUGUAAUGCAACAGAGAAAUUGACAGCAUACCUCUUGAUAUUGGGGUUGCAAAA